AUGCAUGUGGAUGAAGAAUCACGGGAGUGGCUGACAAUUAACACGCACAAGGGACUUUUCAGAUAUUGCAGAUUACCUUUUGGCAUCACAUCUGCUCCUGCUCUGUUUCAACGGGCUAUGGAUCAAAUUUUGAGUGGAUUGCCAGGAGUACAAUGUUACUUGGAUGACAUUCUCUGCACCGGUGCCAACGACGAGGAGCAUCUUCGCAACCUGGAUGCUGUCUUAAAAAGGCUAAGGCAGUAUGGUCUUCGAGUGCGCAAGGAAAAAUGUGAAUUUUUGAGACCAUCGGUGGAGUAUCUCGGGCAUGUGAUAGACCACAAAGGACUACACAAGGCUCCAUCAAAGACAAAGGCAAUUGUGGAUGCACCCGCCCCAGAAAAUGUGAGUCAGCUUAGAUCUUUUUUAGGUCUAUUGAACUAUUAUGGACGGUUUAUUCCCAAUUUGGCAUCACUUCUUAAACCAUUGCAUGAGCUGUUGUGCAAAGAUGUAAAAUGGAAAUGGACGAAUGAGUGUAACAAAGCUUUUCGAAAUGCGAAAAACGCCCUGAUUUCAUCAGAUGUUCUCACUCAUUUCAACCCUUCAUAUCCAAUACAGCUGGCAUGUGAUGCUUCACCCUAUGGGGUGGGUGCUGUCAUCUCCCAUGUGUUCCCGAACGGAAAUGAAAGACCAAUUGCUUUCGCAUCGAGAACACUUAACAAAGCGGAAUCAAACUAUGCUCAAUUGGAACGAGAAGCAUUGAGCAUUAUUUUUGGUGUGAGGAAGUUCCACCAAUGUUUGUAUGGAAGGAGGUUUACUCUGUUAACGGAUCACAGACCACUGACAAUGAUUUUGGGACUUAAUGCAGGAAUCCCUUCACUGGCUGCUGCACGUCUUCAGAGGUGGGCCUUGUUGUUAUCAGCUCACUCAUACGACAUCAAGUAUCGUAAAUCUGAUUUGCAUUGCAAUGCUGAUGGACUUUCGAGGUUGCCGCUUCCUGUUACAAAACGUGAACCUACCUCAGUGGACAUAUUCUAUUUCCGAAAUGUUGAACAUGCACCAAUUUCAGCGUCGCAAGUAAAACGUGCAACUCAGAACAGAGUGAUUGUGCCACAGUCAUUGCGUGCUAAAAUGCUUGCGCAACUGCAUGCAGGUCACAGUGGUAUUGUUAAAAUGAAAGAAAUGGCGAGAAGUUAUUUUUGGUGGCCAGGAUUAGAUAAACAGAUCGAAGAGACGGUAAAAAGUUGUUCAUCUUGCCAGAAGAUUCGCAACAAUCCACCUGCAGCCCCAAAAGAAAUGGUUGAAUUCCUGCAAGCCAAUGGGGUUCAACACAUUAAGUCGGCUCCCUAUCACCCAGCAACCAACAGCCUGGCAGAGAGGUUUGUGCAGACCCUCAAACAUGCUCUCAAAGCAUCACAAGGGCAAAGUACACUCCAUCAGAGACUACACGAAUUUCUCCUCAAAUACCGAACAUCUGUGCAUGCAACUACCAAAGUAUCGCCAGCGAGCCUCAUGUUUUCUCGAGAGAUACGAACUGGCAUGGAUCUUCUGAAACCACCAACCCUGAGUGAGAUUGUUCAAAUGGAUCAACAGAAGCAAGUCAAGUACAGAGACCUGCAUUCCAAGAACCUAGUUUUUGCACCUGGUGACUCUGUUAUGGCCCGGAGUUACCAGAGUAAAGAAAAGUGGGCCCCUGCCACCAUCAUUGCUCAAACCGGGCCUGUUUCCUACACCGUUCAGACAGCUGAUGGGGUUUGGCGUCCAAACCAAACCAGACUCCAGAACUGUCUAUUGAUUGUGAUGAUGCUAGCAUUGUAA